AUGGCAGCAGCAGGGCAAGCACUUCGACUCUGCGUCCGCGGUUGUCGUUGGAUGCCCGCCGCCCCCCGAAUCGCUCCUCAGGCCGCGACACAAUUUUCCCGGCACACGCAAAGACGAGCAUUCGCCGUGAGCUCCACGAGACGGGCCAGGGACGAUGACGAUGGGGAGGGCGACUCGGACCCGAUCUACUCGUCGAACGAGACGGUCGCGGAUAUGAUCCAGAAGCUGAAGCCCGAAGAGACCCAGGCUCUCGAGAAGAUCAGGAAGCGCGACCCGUCGGCGCAGGAGAUGACGCUGGAGAAGUUCCUCGAGAGGGAGAUGACGAAAGACCUGCAGACCGAGACGGAGCCGAUCAUGACCAACCAGGAGUUCAAGGUGUUGACGCAUACCCCGCGCCCCAACAGGAUGUCCUUCUGGUAUGACGAGGACGACCCGAAGGCAGACACGGAGAAUGUCAUGGACGAGUUUGACGAGGAUGACAUGACGACGAUGGCGCACGGAAAGCUGGAUGAGAUUCGCGAGUACAGACACUACCAUCGCAUCAUGGCAUGGGAGAUGCCCUUGCUUUCCAAGCUUGCUAAACCGUUCGAGCCGCCUGCCAAGGAGGAAGUGCUGAGAUUCCGAUACACCACAUACAUGGGCGAAUAUCACCCAGCAGAGAAGAAGGUCGUCGUGCAGUUCUCGCCUUCAGACCUGGAGCUCACUGAGGUGCAAGCCAACAAGCUCAGGAAGCUGGCUGGGCCGCGAUACAACCCGGAGAAGGACAUCAUCAAGAUGAGCAGCGAGAAAUACGAGGAGCAGGCGCAGAACAAGCGUUACUUGUCUGAUCUGGUGGACAAGCUCGUCGAGACCGCAAAGGACCCCAAUGACACUUUUGAAGAUAUCCCCCUGGACACUAGGCACCACCAGUUCAAGAGAAAGCCUAAGUUCCCGGUAGAAUGGCGCAUGACGCCGGAGCGGCGCCAGGAGCUCAACGCGUUCCGCGCCAGUCAAUUGCAGAGCGAAUACGCCAAGGAGGAGCAGGGAAAGAUCGUCAGCGGCGAGGCCAAGAUCGAGAAGUUCCUCCAGGCAGCGGACGAGGCCGCAGCUGAGGGUAAGGUGGAAGAGAUGGUGGCUGUUCAAAGCCGUGGCGGCAAACAGAAGGCUCCAGCCGGCCGGUAG